UUCUUUUUCGGAUUCCUUUCCCCGCUUUCUACUCCUUAUUUCUUUGUCAUCGUCUCUCUGGGCGAAUCUCCUCUGCAGUACCACCACCCUGCCCUACCUGAUCCCUCAGUAUCUUUUCUCCAACUCAAUUUCAUUUCUUUAAUCUAUGUUCUGCAUUAUCAUUCACCGUCAAAUCAAAUGUAAGUCUCUUCUCUCGUUACUCGUGAGUUUCAGACUGUAAUCUUCCUAUCCUUUCCUCUCCUCUCUUGCGUUCACUCUUGAGAGAACAAGAGAUUUUUGCAGGUUUUUUCUUCUGUUUCUGAGUUCUUUUUGUUUUCUUUCUUGAAGUUCCUGACCUGUGUGAGGUUCCUGAAGGUUAAAGAACUGGGUUUCUGAUUAAUGAUCAAAAUCUUCUCUUUGAAUAUCUCUUGAAUCUUCUUCCUUCAUCCUAUAGGGGCUUUAGGAAAGGUGGAAUCACCCUGUGGGGAAGAAAGUGGAAAAAGGUUUAAUACUGGGGAAAGUGUUUUUCUCGUGGAAUCUCGUAAAGAUUUCCGGUAAAGUAGAUUCGCAGGUCCCCUUGUUUCCCCUACGAGUUCCAAUUUCUGCAUGAACAGGAGAAGCUUGCAUCCUCAGAAUUGAUUUCUUGUUGUGGGAAUCACACAAAACAGAGUCAUCUCUUUAUCGUUCUUCGAGUUGAAAUUAGUUACUGGAAAAGGUGUUCGAAUGGAAUCAUCUGCAUUUUGUUUGGUUUUUAAAGCAACUGUCGUUCUAGUCGUUUUGUCAUCUCUGUUUAGUUCUUCCAUCGCCGAAAUUCCAUCGGAAUCCGACGGAGGCCCCCAGCAGCCUUUAAAGCCCGGAGAUUUCUCCAGUUCAAACACAGUUCCUGCAUUUCCAGUCCAGACACAAACACAAACCUGCCAUCUAGACCUCUCAGCCGAGCUAUUCGGCGGCGUGAAUGAGGCCUGCGGGAAAAACCUCGACCGCAGCCGGUGCUGUCCAGUACUAGCCGCGUGGCUAUUCGCGGCACAUGCUAGGUCGGCGCUGCAGCUGCCGACGGACACUCCGGCGUCUACUUCGGAUGAUCCGAUGAUGCCGGACGAUUCUCAGAAGUGUGUGAAUUCGCUACAGACGUCUCUUGAGAGCCGUAACAUCCACAUUCCUCAACCAAACGCGACCUGCGAUGCAAUACUGUGUUUCUGUGGGAUUAGGUUGCAUCAGAUCAGCUCCUUGAGUUGUCCCGCUGCGUUCAACCUUUCUUCUCACCAUAACGCGACACCUACAGCCGCCGUGAAGAACUUGGAGUGGAAUUGCCGGAACUCUUCCUAUUCUGGCUGCACUAAGUGCCUUGGAGCACUCGACAAGGUAAAAGGAGAUGGGAAGAAUGGGACAGGUGGAGGUGAUUGGAGGGCAACGAAGAUGUUCAGUAGGGACUGCCAGCUCAUGGGGCUGACUUGGCUACUAGCAAAGAACAAAACGGCGUACAUACCGACGGUGUCGGCGGUGCUGAGGGCUAUAAUGUACAGUGCGCACCCGCCUCACCAGUCCACGUGUAGCCCUGAUCAGGAGAACAUGCCCUUGGCCGUCGAUUCCCUUCAGUUCCAGAGAGAAGAUUCAUCUCACGCUCCUCCUCUUCCUUCAAUAAUCUGGUUAUUGACAGUUCUACCCCUCUUUUUCCUCUCUUCUUCUCUAUGAGGAGCAACAAAACAAAAGAAACAGAAACAGACCCUCACGUGAAGCUACAAGACAAGCUGGCAAAAGCGAAUAUUGGGGGCUUUGUUUUGUUCUGCUUUUGCAAUUUUUGAAUCACUAUGUAAAUUUACUUACGGCUCCCUACCCUACUUAACUGAUUUGUUUUGAUGUUUUACUUCUCAUUAGUAAUUUCCUUACAUUUCUGA